AUGCUAAAUUACCAGCGGGUGUUCCUUUUUCUAGCAAUCGCUGUGCUUCUGUUUUUUCUCACGCCCAUGUCCCAACCAGAUCUUCAAGCAUUGGCUGCGGCCCAACCUUCUCCCAAAUGGACCGCUACACCUCAAGAAAUUUUGGAUGCGGCUGAAAAGUUGAAGGCUGAAGAAAUCGCCUUCAACGACCACAUUGCGUCGAUCGAAGAUCCUACCGUGGAAAACGUUUUGAUCCCAACCACGCGCCACGAAAACGAAAGAUACUUUGACGAAAACCUGAUCACUUUCUACCAGUAUGUGUCUCCAGACAAAGACGUCAGAGACGCCUCGACCAAAGCGGAGCAGAUUUUGGACGAGUGUCUGAUUGAGCAGAGCUCUAGAGUCGACGUUUUCCGCGUCUACAAGAAAUUGUGGGAAAAGGUCAAGGACUCGGCCGAUUUGGACGCCGAAACCCGCAAGUUUUUGGAGAAAACCGUCAACUACUACAAAAGAAACGGGUUGGAUUUGCCUGACGACAAGAGAGAACAGGUCAAGAAGCUCAAGAUUGAAUUGAGCAACUUGUCCACAACGUUUUCCAAAAACACCAACGAAGAAAAUGGGUUCCUCAAGUUUACUGCUGAACAGUUGGAAGGUGUUCCAGAACUGGUGAUGGAGCAGUUCGAAAAGGUUACCGAGGACGGCACUGAUUUCUUCAAGGUCACUUUCAAGUACCCGGACAUUCUCCCUGUGUUAAAGUAUGCCAAGAACCAGGAGACAAGAAAGACCGCUUAUGUUGAGAACCAAAACAAGGUCCCCGAGAACGCAGAGAUCUUGGACAAGAUCAUCCGUCUCCGCUACCAGAUUGCAAAGUUGAUGGGCUACGAAACAUACUCGGAGUUUGUGUUGGAGGACAGGAUGGCCAAAAACCAAAAGAAUGUCUUGCAGUUUUUGGGUGACUUGAAAGACAAGUUGCAACCUUUGGGCAAGAAAGAGCUUGCCAAGAUGUUGGAGUUCAAGAAUGCAGAUCUCAAGGAAAGAGGCCUUCCGGAACAGGACACUUUCUACGCCUGGGACAACAGCUACUACAACAACUUGUUGUUGGAGAAAGAGUACCAGGUUGACCACCAAAAGAUUUCUGAAUACUUCCCUCUUGACCAGACCAUCGAGAGAAUGUUCGCCUUCUACGAAAAACUCUUCGACGUCAAGUUUGUCAAGAUCGAAAAGCCUGACUCGGAUUCUGUUUGGCACGAGGAUGUUCGCAAGUUUGCUGUUUACCAAAACAUCAAGUAUGGCGAGCCCAAGCCCCAGUUCAUGGGCUGGAUAAUGUUUGAUCUCCAUCCACGUGAAGGUAAAUACACCCACGCUGCCCACUUUGGCUUGCAAUCGGGAUUUGUCAAGUCAGAUGGCACAAGACAAGGAACUUACUCGGCUUUGGUUUGUAACUUCACCAAACCAACAAAGACAAAGCCAUCUUUGUUGAAACACGACGAAGUGACAACUUUCUUCCAUGAGUUGGGCCACGGCGUCCACUGUUUGUUGUCCCAAACCAAAUACGCCCGUUUCCAUGGAACUAGUGUUCCAAGAGACUUUGUCGAAUGUCCAUCGCAGAUGUUGGAGUUCUGGACGUGGUCUGCCAACGAACUCAAGGCAUUGACGUCUCACUUUGAAACUUCCGAGCCUAUUCCUGACCAGUUGAUCGACCAGUUGGUCAAGUCCAAGCAUGUGAACACAGGUUUGUUCAACUUGAGACAGUUGCACUUUGCUCUUUUCGACAUGAGUCUCCACACCAUCGACACGCAAGAGAAAAUCGAUGCGCUUGACUUGACCAAACUGUGGAACGAGUUGAGAGAAGAGAUUGCCUUGAUCUCCAAUGGAGGUAUCGACAACACUGGAUACUCUACUUUUGGCCACAUCGCGGGAGGAUAUGAGUCGGGUUACUAUGGCUACUUGUACUCUCAGGUUUUCGCCACGGACAUUUACUAUACUCAUUUCAAGUCUGACCCUAUGAAUGUGGAAAGAGGUAUCCGGUACAGAGACACCAUUUUGAAGAAUGGUGGAUCGAAGGAGAUCCUUGAUAUUUUGGAGGAGUUGUUGGGCAGAGCACCUAACUCUGAUGCGUUUUUGCAAGAGAUUUUGGGUUAG